CCCUCUCGUAUGUCCCUUCCCCGGCCCUGACCUCCCAGGCCGGCCUCCUGAUGAAAAACUGACGGAAUCCGCACGUCUUGUGUCGUAAAAACCAUCAGCACCCCGAGGAAGAAUUCGUGGGAUGAUUGGUACCACAUCAGCGGCGGGGCCCGCCCGUGGGUAGGUUCCUCCCCCUGCCUGCUGUCGUCGCUUCCUCGGGACGUCGUCAGACAUGCGUCAGCUGGCAGCAAGGUCAAAGGACAAGGCGAACCUUGUGUUCCAACCUCACAGCACAACGCAGUGAACAUUUGGGCUUCGUACCGUUUAAAGACGCAUGCCGAGUUUUACCGACACUUCCUGCCAUCUUUCUGUUCAUUUGGGAUAUUGAGUACCUGGCGUGUCACUGACGACUGACGUAUCCGUCCCCGUUUCCAGACCUUCCGGACACACGGAAUUCGGAAAGGCAUACUACUACGGCUCCGCAGCAACAAGUUGAUACUAUGAUACAUCACCUCUCAGUCGGAUUAAGAUAUUCAUACUGAGUCCGACGGAAAAUUGGCCUGUUUCCAGCGUCUGGAAUUCUAUGAGCUUGUUCACAAGCUCGAUAACAAGAUCGAUGGCACUGACGUAUAACAGGGAACUGUAAUCUACAGACACCGAACAAGACCCCCUGACAUGACUGACGCCCGUGUCCUUACGGUACCCAUGGGUGAAGACGAGUCGUGUUGGUCAUGAUGUUCACCUGGGAAACUUUGCCUCAAACAUGCAGGCUGGUCCGCAGUGCGUGUCGGCCAUGGGUGCAAUAUGGCGGCGGGCGAGACAAACGUCGUUUGGCAGUUCCUAUGGCAACUAUUUCUACUUCAUCACGUCAUUGAUUUUUGCACAAGUCACGUCUGAGUACCGCUUCAACGUCCUGGCUCCGGACACGCACGUUGCCAUGUCAACAGAGGUGGACGUGGAAUAUUCCAUUCCCACUCAGGCCGAACUUGAAAAUGCAGUAAUAGAGGUUUAUGACAUUCUGAACUCCAGUGUUACCAGGGUUGCCCCGGUGCCUGUCGGGAUACAUGACGGCCAUAUGAACUUCAGUUGCGCGAUUUUCGACCACGCCGGCGGGUUUCUCUUCAAACUUCUCCUGGAGGAAGGCGGGCCCAUCUUGGUGGAGAGUGAGAUCAUGGACGUGGUGUGGCAGGACUUCUCCAUCUCUGUGCCGAACUCUCACGAGGCGAUGACGGGAGAGGUGCAGGUGGGAGUCAGGACGGAGGGUGAGGUGUGCAGCUCACAGCCCAGAAGAUUCCGCACCAACUUUGUUGUGAAAUAUUUAGGUACAAAUGACACGGUGGACCAGAGUGUCAAACCUUCGAUUGUGACGACUCAGACUCUGGAUAUACAAUCACAGGAGACACAUGUAACAGUCAGCUGCGAAUCUUUAGACCAGGCCGGGCUGUACCGAGUGGAGCUCAGGUCAGAGUUUAACGAUUCUUUGAUCGCCUCCAGUCAGGAUUUUCCGGUGAAGUGGAGUGAAAACUACGCACUAACCACCGAGAAGCAUGCAAUUUUCCCUUGCGUGUAUGUCGUGGAUGUGUCGUUCUACACACCUGUCUGUCACGGCCACGACAGGGUCCGUCUGUACCGCCAGGGGGCGGGACUAGCGGGACAGGCCUCCGAUCAGUUGGAGUACGUCACAGAGCAGCGGAUCCGUCCGGGGAAGACGUUUGUGCAGUUCACGUGCAGCGAGUUUGACCCCAGUUUCCCGGUCUACUGUUUCAAGUACGUCAGCAUUGCCCGGAGAGGAGCCGUCACCGAACAGGCAACCUUAUGUCUACCUUCUCAGUACUCAGCUCCAGCUAUAGAUGGUAACUGGGGGACGUGGGAGCCCUGGAGUAGCUGUCCCGUGACAUGUGGGGAGGGCCGCAUUCAGAGGUUCCGUGUGUGCAAUAACCCGCCUCCGUCGAACGGGGGCGCUUUCUGCGAAGGCGAAACGUUGGAGUCCGGUUCAUGUCAGGGACUGCCGCCCUGUCCGGCAGAAGACCUCCGCACCCUCCCGCCUCUGACGGUCCGACCUGUCGCCACUGACAACUGCGCCUGUGGCUGUACCCUGCGGGCACCGCAAGGGGGCGUGACGAGACCCCCGUACGGCGCGUGCGCCGGGGUAGUCACUUGGCUGAUUUGGGUCCUGGAGGAUUACAAGAUACGUCUGGAGUUUGAGGUGUUCGAUUUGGACAAGACACAGGAACGGCUAAAGAUCCGUGACGGUGGGGAGGCGACGUCGCCGCUGUUAUUCAGCACGGGGUCCGACCCGCCCACGACUCUGACGUCAUCAGGGAGUCGUGUGUUCAUCGAGUUCCGAGUCCAGCCGGACCUGCAGUCCUACAGCACCCGCGGCUUCCAGGCCUCAUAUUCAUCAUUCCAGCUGGUGCCCAGCACCACGGCGGUGACCACCACAGCGGCGCCGGAAGAACCCCUGACGUGGUGGCAGAAGGUGGAGAAGUUCUUCAAGCUGGAGAUCUUCCAGAACCCCGUGACUGUGGCCGGCAUCGUGCUGUGCGCGCUGGUGGUGAUCGGCAGCAUCAUCGCCGUCAUCUGCACACGCAUGUGCCGACGGCGUAAGCGCACUGCAGCCUACGCGGCCAGUGCCCAGAGCGAGGUGGAGGGCGGCGGAACCCAGAGUCCGCGCAGCCUCAGUCUCAACCACAUAGAAGCGACCUCUAUCGGCGCCCAGAGUCAGCGCAGCCAGCGUAGCGGCAGAGACAGGCGUGAGCAGCACCUGUCGGACAUGUCCAUGUCGGAUCUGUCUCACACGUCCAGACGGAAGCCCAAGCAGAAUGGGAAGGUACCUACUGGAUACGCGAACCACAUCUACAGCGCAUCUGCACCAGAGACCCCGCAAAGAUUCACGACCCUGGAGGAACGUCCGUCCUCGCCCACCGUGCAGGGACAGUUCCCCACGCCGUACCAGCUGGCGCAGGAGCAGCUCAAACUCAUGAGACAGCACGGACUGGAGCACUGUGAGCAGCUGUACGACUUCAGCAUGGCUGGCCCACCGAUGGAACCCGUCGUUCCCAGCCCAUACACCGGAGCGUUACCUAGCAACGUGCCGGGCAACGCCUACUUCCAUCCGAUCCAGCAGCCCUACAGUGUACAGGAGACAACAUUCACACAGGCGCCACCUGGGCCAGAAAACUACUCCAACAAUAACGCACAUGUGUACAUCCUGGACCCACGAUUUGAAAAUCACAGCCCCACACAUUCUAACAAAGAAAAGAGGAAAUCCAGAAGCCCUGUUAGAGACUCCAAAAGCCCAAGGAACUCGCCCAACAAAAGGCAGCUGCCUACAAUGCCAAAGCCACAAGGUAGAAAACUACCCGUCGCGCCGCGGCCCGCGUUUUAUGCCGACCAGGAGAUGCCAGCCGCGGGGUUGUCACACGCUGCCGUCACAGCGUCAGAUCCACAGUUAGCACAUGCGACGAGAAAACUGAGGCGAGAAAAAAGUGAGAAGAAAUCUCUGACGCCAAACAUAUCAAGACGGAAAAACAGAGUAGAGAAGUUUGUGUACCAGCCCUCGCCGUACAACUCACUGGACAGAGCGAUAACGACCCGCCAUUCUAAACGUAGUAGUAAGCACAGGUCGAAAGGAUCCGUGAAGAAGUCAAGAACAACUGAAAAUUUUGCAGCCCAAGUACACAGUCCCUCAGAUGUACCGUCUUCAACGGACGGCAUGCGCAGCUCACAGGAGAUAAGAAUACGGGGACCUUCCGAGAGACGGAAGGGUCAUGGUCAUAGUCAUAGGCUGGGCAGUCAGGGCAGUCUGGGGAAAGCCUCCUCAAAGGCAAGUAAGGAAGAGCUUCAUAGAUCAUCUCGGGAACAAUUGCCAAAAUAUCCAGGAUCUAAGUCACCUGAUAAAAAGGUAAGCGAAAAAGGACAAACUCCGGAGAAAAGUAUGGAAGUAGCACAGGUUGUUGAGAGACGGGAGUCUUCACCUGAACACAAGAAAAUCAUAUCCAACCCGUCCGAGCAGAGGAAAAGUGCAUCACCUGACAGGAAGAGUCCCCAGAAAUCUCUGGACUUACGAAAACUUGGUAACGAGCACUCACUGUAUGAACAUCUUGGUUUGAACGACAAGAAGCCGAAAACGGGGCGAAGACUUGCGCACUACGCCGCACAGUCUGAGGAUAGUAGGUCCCAGUUCAGCAGUGAAGGGUCGUCGGCGUACGCCAUGACCAUGACACAGAAACUCUUUCACUUCGACGAUUCCGAACGGGAUCAGUACAGAACUUCCAUUGGUCCAGUCGGGGAAACCGUGUUUGAGGAUUUGCGAAAAAGCGCAGAUCUCGAUGACGUGGUGACCCCGAAUGGGCACGUCAUAUCUGGCGCCACUGAGGACGCUAAAUCUCCUAGCAACGGUGACGUCAGCUCCAAUCACUCCAGGAGACAACUCCCUAGGACGCCGUCAUUAGAUAUAGAUGGUAGAAAGACUCCUCACGACCAGGUGUUUGUGGACAAGACCCCUGAUCCUGAAUAUGAUUACUACAUGCCCGACCUGCCUGGAUCCUUCCUAAAGAUGGACCAAACUUACAUCGGGCGCCCUAAGCCCAUAACAACAAAUCAGAACGAGCUGAAAAAUAUCCAGGUUCAGUUGGAGAGCUGUCCCCCUGAUGCCGUCCGCAUGUAGAUAGGGUAUCAUCAGAAGACAGUACAAUGCACAAUGCACCAUAUAUGUUGAUGAUACGUUAUUAGAAAUAUCAAACUUUGAUCCAACACAAACUGAUGUAGAGAAAAUGAAAGGGGUCUAUCCUGACGGAGAACUGUACAAUAUAUCCCCACAUUUCGGUUAUCCUUUGUACGUAAUAAAUUUAGAUGAACUGUUCAGCCUUACUGGCUACGAUAGGUCAUUACUUCGCCACAGGAACAUGUGAUGUGCAAUGUGCGGUAUAAACCUGUGUAUGCGUCCCUGUCGUUCAUGUGUGAAAACCUGUUGUAUAGAAUCAUAUAUCGGGCGUAACAUGUGCGUUAGCACGACUGGGAACCUUUUCUACACGGCUCCAUCAUGGAUUUCAUACUGUUUGUGUGGUAUGGAAUCAUAUAUCAGACGUAACAUGUGCAUUAGACUACUGGGAACCUAUUCUACCGCUCCAUCAUGGGUUUUAUACUAUUUGUGUCAAGAAUAACUAUAACCAAGAACAAGCUCUGCGGAUGUAUCAGGUCAUUUAGACUGUUGGUUGCCCACUUUAAGACGCAAUACCUAUUCUUCUUUUUCCGUACUCAUAAAGUGCAAUUUUUGUAUCCAAAUUGUUACUGAACAGUGGGGCAGCGGCGAUCCGAGCACUAUUGUGAAGAUAUUGUUGGCAGAAUCUAAAUGACAGAACAGCUGAACCUGUAUCAGGGUUGCACGUCAGAAAUGCAUGAGUUAUGUUGCAAGUUUGAUCAUGGACCUACGAACAGGUCACCAAUUGCCGCAUACAAGUCCUUGAAUGUGCAAGAUGUGUAUGUAUAUAUUUCGUGUUGACCGUCGUAAUAUUCACUAAGGAAGGUCUACAACGCGGUCCUUCAGCCGUCAAACGGCAUGUCUCAAGGAAAUUUCGAAAGUCACUUCUGACAGACAGGAAACAGCGUUACACACAACGUUUGUUGCAAUAAAGUCAUUGGUACACCAUG